GCCGAGCAUCUGUCAGUGAGUGUGUGACACGAAACGAAUCAAUGUGCAGAGUCGACGACGGUGGCUUAUCAAAAUAUUCUGUGCGCUGGCUGCCGAAAUAGUGCGAUCGUAAUAAAUUAUUCACGCGUGACCUUAUCUGGCGCUCGUUGGUCCUCAAGCGGUCGUAAUAGUGAAAUCAAUUGUGGAGCGGAGCUAUUUUUAACCCACCGUGUAAUCCGAAUUUCUGUCGCCGCUCAGUAGUGGCAAUAUCCGGGGGCAGGAAGUAUAGCGGUAUCGCCCAAUAUCCAGUUAGUCACGAAUUUGGGCGGCACCUACUGUAGCUCUAGGAGGAAAAUCCCUUCAUACAUCAUGAUGAGACUGCUGGACAAGGUUCUAACAUUUAUAAACUACUGGUGGUUCCGGUACUUGAUGAUUACGGAGCUGUACAUGGUCGAAAGCUGGGAACGAGUGACGAUCCACGUGUUUUUGUUCGCGCUAUUCAUGCUCCAGUGGUAUUUCAACUGUAAGGUCGUACUCCCGUUCACUGGCAGCAUACUGGGCAUACAGCCGAUCGACCAACAGCUGGCAUCUUUUCGAACGUAAGCUAUUGUCCGAUGGACAUCUCCUCCACUAAUACCUGAGAGCUGCAAAAGAAGUAUUCAAGAAAAAAAAAUGUUCCACUACCUAAGUUACUAUCCCUGUGCGUGGGUUAUCCAACUGAGCAGAAUCGAUUGGUAAUCUCGUCUUCAAAAGUAAUUGUUAAGUCAGAUAUAGGAAUUUAAAGCGCUACCAGAAACGUAGAGAAAUAUCAUUGUGAAUCUGAACUCGAUCUGAACGAUCAGUUAUAGGGUCAUCUCAUCUGAACAAUUAGGCAGAGACAAAGAUAAAUUAUGACUAAGUGUAAAAUGCUUCAAGUGCACCGAAACCCCACUAACCCCCACUUAAGCUAGAGGUACUUGGCAAAUAGAAAGCCAAACAGUCACUUUUUAUAGAUGUUGUUUGAGAGGAAUUCCUCGACUAUAAGUGUGUGUCGAUUUUACGGAGAAAAUGUAGUGAGAAAGCUUUAUGAAUGGUGUAUACACACGAUAGUUGCAAAAUGAUCAAAUAAACCACUUGGAGUAAGGAGGUCUACGAAAAGACCUAGCAUGAACGGAGUCAAUAUCUAA